AUGGGUGUUCCAGCUCUCUUCCGCUGGCUAAGCCAGAAGUAUCCGAAGAUCGUCUCCGGAGUUAUUGAAGAACAACCGCGCGAAAUCGACGGGCAGCAGAUUCCUGUCGACAUCAGAGGACCAAAUCCCAAUGGAGAAGAGUUCGAUAACCUAUACCUUGACAUGAAUGGCAUUGUUCAUCCAUGUUCGCAUCCGGAAGAUGGACCUGCCCCCAAAGACGAAGAAGAAAUGAUGUUAGCCAUUUUCAAAUACACGGAUCGAGUUGUCAAUAUGGUUCGUCCGAGGAAGUUGUUGAUGAUUGCUAUUGAUGGUGUUGCUCCGCGCGCCAAGAUGAAUCAGCAGCGCUCUCGACGCUUCCGUUCUGCGCAAGAGGCCCAGGAAAAAGCACAAGACAAAGCUGAGCUCGCCAAGAUGUUAAAGUCGCAAGGCGGCCGCAUCGAAGAGGAAGAGAUCAAGAAGGCUUUCGACAGCAACGAAAUCACACCCGGUACCCCUUUUAUGGAUACCUUAGCUGCUAGCUUGAGAUAUUGGAUUGCCUACAAACUCAACAGCGACCCCGCAUGGGCAAAGGUGAAAGUUAUCAUUUCCGACUCAACCGUCCCAGGAGAAGGUGAACAUAAGAUUAUGGAAUUCAUUCGAUCUCAAAGAUCCUCCCCAGAACACAAUCCCAACACAAGACACGUCAUCUAUGGCUUAGAUGCCGACUUGAUCAUGUUGGGUUUAGCAACUCAUGAGCCUCAUUUCCGCGUUCUUCGAGAAGAUGUCUUCGCGCAAGACUCAAAACCUCGCACCUGCCGCAUGUGUGGCCAGGCUGGUCACGAAGCCAGAGAGUGUACUGGUCAAGCCAAGGUAAAGGAUGGAGAGCAUGAUGAGAAGGAUAGCGCUCCUCCGCUCAAACCCUUCAUCUGGCUCCACGUCUCUGUUCUUCGAGAAUAUUUGGCAGCCGAAAUGUAUGUCCCAGACCAACCUUUCAGAUUUGACCUAGAAAGAGCUCUAGAUGAUUGGGUUUUCAUGUGUUUCUUUGUUGGAAAUGAUUUCUUGCCUCAUCUCCCUAGUCUUGAGAUUCGAGAAAAUGGAAUUGACACACUGAUUGCAAUUUGGCGUGACAAUAUUCCACAUAUGGGUGGGUAUCUUACCAAAGACGGUCAUGUCGAUCUUGAAAGAGCUCAAUUCAUUCUUGCGGGAUUGGGCAAACAAGAAGAUGCCAUAUUUCGCAGAAGAAAAGAGACGGAAGAUAGGAGAGCGGCUGGCCAAAAGCGACACUCGCCAUCUAACAGUGGACAGAACGGGCGGCCUUUUAAGGAUCAAGCUCCUGUUGGUCUUCCACUGUUUGCUCCGGGUCAUGGUGAGGUAGCCAAAGAUGCAAAGGCCAUGACUCACGAUAUGGUUGUUAAUCGAGGAGCAAUUUACAAGGCAAAUCUAGCCAACAAGAGCGCUGCGGCAGCUUUGAAAGGCCAAAUUAGUGGUUCAUCAAACGAAGGCGAUGUUGCGGAUUCGUCUAAUGGAGGUUUAGAGGAGUCGCCAGGAUCAGCUUUGGGAAAGCGAAAGGCCGAUUUGCUAGAGGACGAUGAUAGCAGUACACCGGGCCGAAAUACACCACAACCUGAGACGCCUCAGACACCUAGUGAUGAACCUCCUCCUGAUUCCGUCCGCUUAUGGGAUGAGGGGUAUGCUGACCGAUACUACGAGCAAAAGUUUGGUGUUGAGCCAAGCGACUUCGAGUUUCGACAUAAAGUCGCUAGAUCGUAUGUGGAAGGACUCGCAUGGGUCUUACUUUACUACUUUCAGGGCUGCCCUUCCUGGGACUGGUAUUACCCUUAUCAUUAUGCGCCAUUCGCUGCAGACUUUGUCGACAUCAAAGACAUGAAAAUCAACUUUGAAAAAGGCAACAUAUUCAGACCAUUCGAACAACUCAUGAGUGUUCUGCCUGCGGCUUCGAGACAGGCUAUCCCAGAGCUGUUCCAUGACCUAAUGACUGAACCUGAGAGUGAAAUCAUUGACUUCUAUCCUGAAGAUUUUGUGGUUGAUCUUAACGGUAAGAAGUUCGCUUGGCAAGGUGUUGCUCUGUUGCCAUUCAUUGACUCGAACCGACUAUUGAACGCCAUGGCAAAAAAGUAUCCGUUGAUGCCUGCGGAAAUGGCAGCACGAAAUACUGUCGGCAAAGAUGCACUCCUUUUUGCGGAAGCUCACGAAGCACUCUACGCCGAUAUCGCCGAUAACUUUUAUUCCAAGAAGCAGGAAGCCUCAGAAUUCAAAUUGAACCCAAAAGUCACUGAGGGUCUAACAGGAAAGGUCGAAAAGAACGAGUCUUAUCUUCCCCACGGCUCAUUGGUAUUUCAAUUGAACACCGACGCGAUGCCAAGUCUGGACGCUGAUCGAUCUAUCAGUGUUCAUUAUGAGAUGCCAAAGUCCAAGUUCCUCCAUAAGUCAAUGCUGUUACGUGGAGUGGAAUUCCCCCCUGCUGCGUUGAAUCAAGGCGACAUUGAACAGACUAAAGGGCGUGCGGCUAGAUCAGGUCGUAACCACGGUGGUGCCCCCCUUAAUGGAAAUGGGCGGGGCCGCAAUUCCUUCAAUUUUGCUGCUCCCAAUCAUCAACAGUCACACGACUCUCGAAACAGCUACAAUGGCAACAACAAUUACCAGCCUCCACCGCCACCUGGCACUGGAUGGCAACCUCCUCCUCCAGGGGUAGCUGCUAGGUUUGGGGGACCUCCACCACCACCUCCCGGAAACUAUGGAUCGUAUGGUCAGCCUUAUGGAUAUGGUGGCCGUGGUGGACGAGGAGCUGACCAUGGACCGCCCGGUUAUUCAAGACCUAAUGAGAGCGAUUCGUGGAGAGGUGGUGGUAGGGGCGGCGGCACUACCGUCUAUCGAGGCAGAGGAGGAUCAUAUCGAGGAGGUGAUUCGUAUCGAGGGGGAGAUUCUCACCGGAAUGAUUCAUGGCGCGGACGACAUUGA